AUGGCUCCCGAUAUUGAUGUCCGACACCGUCUAGUGCAACAUCCUUCCCAAGGCUCCAAUAACCUGCCACAGAACUCACAACCGCGAUCACGAACCCGUCAAAGCACAGCCGAACACACGCGGUCAUAUUCUACCACAACUGCUUCCCGGAUUAGUCGGCCAUCGAGAUCGCGUGGUUCGACCGCGAGCAUCCAUUCCAACACAGCCCAAUAUAAUCCAGAUCAACAUGUCACGGAGGGAUAUCAGUCGUAUAUUAACCCAGAGCCUGGCCCAAGCCAACAUAUAUACCAUUCAAACCCUGAGGAGAUGAUUAUCCGCUUUGGUGACCAGCUGGCCAAUUCGAAUUCUGGUAUUGUUAUUGACCCUGCGCUGCAAGAACACCCAAACAAUGUCGCCGGACCCGGAGCUGACAGACCCUUUCAAGGCAACGAGCUUCAUACUCACAAUCUGCCAAUUCAUGGACUACCAAUCGAGUUACCCCCCAACGGUAAUCCAAGCGAUGUUCCACCUGGCAACUAUACCCAACUGUAUGACAGUGUAGAUCCCCAGCUCCCAGACCACUUGUUGGGCGAGAACGAAGGCUCUGAAGCAGGACCUCGGAAACGAAGAGGCACAACCACAGCGAUAGCCAAUGAUAAUGAACUACGUCGUCUACUGCGUCAAUAUGAUGGAUAUUCCUUACACGAAAUGGCUGCUGAAGUUCAGAGACAUGAUGGCACUGGUGGGAAGUCGGAGAAGGUUAAGCAGGUUUUCGCGAUGAUAUGGUUGAGAGAAAAUUGUCAGAAAAGUUUUGGAUCAGUUCGACGGGACCGCGUUUAUUGCUCCUAUGCGGAAAAGUGUGGAACUGAGAGAGUUUCCGUCUUAAACCCAGCCUCCUUUGGCAAGCUUGUCCGCAUUAUAUUUCCAAAUGUCCAAACUCGACGUCUUGGGGUUCGCGGCGAGUCCAAAUACCAUUAUGUCGAUUUGACAAUUCGAGAACCUAAUCCAAACCCACCAACGGAAAUUCCAGAGAAAAAUGCGGAAGCUACUCCGUCUCGUCAAAAGAUGGCCGAUAAAUCCCAAGAAAGUACCUCGCAACAACAGAGCACCACCAGUACUGAUUUCACCUCAUCAAGAAAAAUUACUUCUCCCACACCCGAUGUCCUUCAACCUUCGCCGAGUGAUCAUUUGUGCGACCAUUUGCAGCCAUCAGAAUUGAAUAUUAUGGAAACGGUAGAAACACCUCUUAUCGAGACCCAGCAACUGAUGAAUCAACUGCUGCAAUUCAGCCGUCCUAAUGAAAGCCCACCAAUCGACAAUGAUUCCCUUCAACUUCCCAGCAUUCAUGGUUAUCUGCCAGCCAACACCGACAGCGAAAGCGCCGAUGCACUUGCAGCUCUAUACCGUUCACAUUGUAUAUCAGUCAUCGACAGCUUCCGAUAUUGCAAAGAGAAAAAUCUCUUCCGCCAUUUCGCUUCUUUCCAAGGCACCCUUACCGUUCCGGUCCAUAAGCUCCUCAAUCAUCCGAACGUUGCACCGUGGAUUAAAGAAUGCGAUUGGCUGAUGUAUCAAAAGAUGAUUGCUUUUGUGGCUCCUUUAACCACUCAGGUUGUGCCAGAUCCUGUGCUGAAUGCAUUCGGGUCGAUUUCUCGAGGCCUAGUCUCCCAUAUCAAGGAAACUUUGAAAUCCCAUCCAGACCAUGUGUGCCGGGCUAGACUUAGCCCUGCGCGGAUAUUUUGUCGCCUCCUGAAGCGCAUGUUAGACGUUAAUCAGUCUGCAAUUGCUGCUUCUGCCUGGCUUUGUCAUGCUGAAAAUCGAACGAAAAUGUGGGAAGACUUCGUUUCGUAUAUAGAACCGAUGGACAUUGUUGCCAUGGCAAAAGUUCCAAAUUGCUCUGUUGGAGGGGUAUUGGAUAUCAUGAAACACCAAGUAAAAUCACUUAUUGCCCCCGACGAUGACAAAUCUCCGGAUACACAACUCUACGGGGAGCCAUUUAGCUAUCAAAAAUUAUCCUAUUCGUCUACAGAUACCUCAGGAUACGCCCCAUUCCCCGACCGAUGGAUCGCCUUCAUCUUAAACCUCCCUGUCUUGUUUCCCAAUCACAAGGCCCAGUGCAUAAUCGACAGGGCAGAUGCAAUUUGGACUCGGUUGCUCCAUCGACUCACCCUUGGGGGCGCUCAGAGCUUUAGUGCGUGGUGGAUGACAAAGGUGUUCUUUUCGGAAAUGAUGUUGUGGCAAGCCGAAAAAGGAGGAUUCAUGGGUUGCACCGCUCAAUCCUUCGAGGAAUCGUCGCUUGCCCGAGAUCUUAUCCAAGGGGUAGUUGAACCACGUUCGGUACAAUCAGCUUCAGCUAAUUCUGACACAAAUUGGUCGCAGAACUCUAGGCUGCGGGCAUCGCGGUCCCAAUUGCAACCGCAACUUCCCAAUAUAAUCCCAAUAGUCCAAGCUUCUCCAACUGCAAACCUCCCAACCAGCGACAUUAGCGCUUCGAUAUCAAAAAUUUCCGGCAACGACAAGACAAUUGCUGCUACGAAUGGCAGUGUAUCGCCAAGUAAUCGAAAUUUGACCCAUGAUGAUAGUGCCAUCGACCUCGAAGAUGACUCUGCACUUCUCAACGCUAACAAAUACGGAGAUAUGAUGGCGUCUGACCCUGCUGAUGCAGAAGGUCAGGUUGUUGUUGUAUAG